AUGGAAGCCUCUCGCCCACCCACCAUCCCGCCAGCCAAUCCCCCCAGCGUGGAAAUCGCCUACAAGCGCAAGUGCAUUGCGCUGAAGCGCCGUCUCGCCGAAAUUGAAACAGAAAAUGAGUUGAUGCGCACCCAACAUACCCGAAGCCACCAAUUUAUCCAGAAGAUGCGGUUGGAGACAUGCAUGCUCCUGGAGAGGCUGAACAAGAUCACCAGCAUGUCCGAGGAAGCCAAGACCGGCACUAUCAACCCGGACCUACGUGCCCGUGCGGCCGCAUUGAUGACUGUCUCUGGCCUGCCUUUUGGCGCUGGCGCCGUCAUGGGCACCCUGGAAGAUGACACCGAAGGCAGCUCGGAUGAGCAGCCCCGGACUCCCGAAGAACGUCCCUUGCGCGUGAAGCGCUCCCGCAAGUCUGCUGUCCCCGGUAUCGAUGGCGCUGAUGAGGACCUCCCCGCUGGCCCUGAUGGUCACCACAAUGAGCAUGUAGACCCUGCCGGUCUACCCCACCACCUCCCAGCUCCCACCCAAGAGUCGCUUACCCAUUCAUUCCGGGUGCAGACUGGCAGUGGUUCUGCUGAUCAAACCCCGGCCGCUCCCGAGGCUGGUCCCGAAGCCGGAGCCAUGUCUAUGGAUACGGAUAAGGGAGAAGUAAAGGAAGAGGCAAAGGAGCAACUCUAG